CAUGAAAUGGGUUACUUAGAGAAGGACAAGGGGAAGAUGGCUCACAAAACGGUGCAAUCGGAAGCCUUCUGGAAAGGUGUUGGCGUUGCUGUCAACUACUUUGAGCCAAUGGCUAAUGUGCUAAGAAGAAUGGAUAGUGAUGUGCCCGCAAUGGGAUUCUUAUAUGGUUGUAUGUUGGAUGCAAAAAAGGAAAUUGCUGCGAGUUUUGAUAAUGAUGAGAGUCGCUUCAAAUGUGUUAUUGAUAUCAUUGACAAGAGAUGGGACAGCAAACUCAAGUCGCCACUACAUUUGGCUGGGUACUUUCUGAACCCCUACUAUUAUUAUCCAAACAAGGUUGUGAUAGAGAGGGAUGGAUCAUUUAGAGCAGCCGUGGUCCAUUGCAUCACAAGGAUGAUUGAAGAUCAAAAAACUCAAGAUGAGCUUAUUGAUGAACUCGACAAAUACGAGGCGGAGGAAGAUUCAUUUGGAAUGGACAUUGCUGUACGACAGAGAAAAAGGAAAAACUUUUCUCCAGCAAAAUGGUGGCUGAAUUAUGGCACAUGUGCACCCCUGUUGAAGGACUUGGCAAUGAAGAUUUUGAGUUUGACAUGUAGCUCCUCAGCUUGUGAGAGAAAUUGGUCAGCAUUUGAACAAGUUCAUACAAAGAAACGCAGCAGGCUACUCCAUGAUAGGAUGAGUGAUCUUGUAUUUAUCAAGUUCAACUCUAGGAUGAAGCAUAAGAGAGAGAACAAGAGUAGAGACCCAAUAGAGAAGACAAUCGUUGAUGUUCUUGAGGACGAGGAUAAUGAGUUCAUCACCGGCAUUGUUGGAAAUGAUAAUGUUGUUGAACAUGUUGGUGAUGAAGAUCAAACUCAACAAGAGAGAGCUUCAACAUCACAAGAACAAGGGAAAAAGAAGAAGAGGCCUACUGCGCCCCCUAGAAAGAAGAGGAAGAAGAGCUUGCAAUCUCUCCUUAAUAGUGUCGAUGAGGAAGCUAUACUUUCUGCCUCUUCCAAUUCUUCUUCGUCGGAAUCAGAAGAUGAGUCUCCCUCGGCCCUUGCUGACUCGGAUUAAUUGCAUGGUUGGGUGUACCACUUUUGUUGUUUCAAAGUGUGCUGGUGGUAUGUCGUUAUGUUGCUAUGUCAAG